AGAAGGAUCGAGAGAGAUGGGGAGUGGAGGGGGGAAGCCGCUGGGGGCGACGGGGGAGUUUUUCCGGCGCCGGGACGAGUGGAGGAAGCACCCGAUGCUCACCAACAACCUCCGCCACGCCACCCCGGGCCUCGGCAUCGCCCUCGUCGCCUUCGGCAUCUACCUCCUCGGCGAGGCCGCCUACAACCGCUUCAAUCGCCCCGAUCCCCAUUCCCACUCCUCCGAAUCCCAUCACCAUCACUGAUCUCACCGCCACCCUAGAGGUGGAGUAGCUCAAGAAGAAGUUUGGCAUCUUCGGGCCUGUCUGGUCAUGGUGUUUUUUUCCAUUUUCAAUGAAACAUUAUCCGUGUAAUUAUACUUGUUUAAGUGUUUUACCGUGAACCGGCUUCAUAAUCCCCAAUCCGGGACAAGUAACUGUUGAACUCAGCCAGUUUCAUUGUUCUAUCAAGCAGGAUGUUUUUGUUGAUA